AUGUUUAUUUUAUUAUUAUUAAACAUAAGUUUUGCUCUGCCAGAUUUUUAUCAUCAAUUUGAUUCUAUCAAUUUGAACUAAUAUUCUAAUUGUGCAAAAAUAGAAACAUUAAUAGAAGAUCCAAAAGUUGAUGUAAUCACAAUAAAUGAAAAUGCUAAGUUUAAAGCAUUCUUAUUGUUUGGAGAACAUGCAAGGGAAUUAAUAAGUCCUGAAACAGGUCUACAUUUAUUGGAUUCAAUCUGCAAUAAUAAAUAUGAUGUGAGCAAGUAUUAAAUCAAAAUGGUUUUAAAUCUUAAUCCAUUAUCAAGGAUGAGAGUAGAAAAUGGAGAAUAUUGUUUAAGACUUAAUGAAAACAAUGUUGAUUUAAACAGAAACUAUGAUGCUCAUUUCAAGUAAUACACUGAUAUGGAACAGCAAACAAAUUCAGGACCAGAGCCGUUUUCAGAACCAGAAACUAGAGCUGUCAGAGAUCUUUUGAAAUCUUAUAAACCUAACAUGUUCUUGUCUAUUCACUCUGGAAGUGCAGGGUUAUUUACACCUCAUGCAUAUUCAAUGGAGGAGCCCUAAAAUUACGAAGAAUUAAUGAAGGUCUUGAAUGUAAUCAGAGAAGACCAUUGUCCAAUGUGUGAGACAGGUUUAUCCAGUAAAAAUGUAGGAUAUUUGGCAUUUGGUAGUGCAAUGGAUUAUGCAUAUGAUGAGAUUGGAAUAAAAAAUUCAUAUUUGUUCGAAAUAUAUCAUAAAGAUGUUAACAUGAUUAAUGAUCUAAGAGUUGAAUCUAUUAAAAAGCAGAAGAGAAGUUUUCUUGAAUUAAAAGAUGACUCAUCUAAUUAAGAAUGCUUUGAUUAUUUUAAUCCUAAGGAAAAGGAAUAAUAUGAUUGGUAUACUCAAAAUUGGAGUGAUGCUAUUAUCAAAACCUUAGGUUUAGUUGAGUAACAAUCAAAUGAGGAUAUUAUAUUAGCUCAUAAUUGA